AUGGACAACGCCUACUGCGGCGGCGGAGACACGAUUGAGGGUGUCAAGGACGCCAACGUGCUCAUCUCGAACGAGGCUCUUGGGCAAGUCAAAGUGGCCAUCUUCAUGGGCGACCCUCGAUAUGUUGCUGGGCUUCCCUACGAGGUCGGAACUUGCAAGACGCAAGGGUGUCCGAAUGGGGGCAACAUCAAGUCGUUUUGCGACUCAGCAGACCCCUUUUGCUGCAAUGGCAACGACCCCGUCGCGCAUCUACAAUACCCGAGCAUCUACGGUGACCAGAUCAAGCAGUUUGUCAGCGACAAGCUGAAAUAG